ACUGCGGCCGCAGACUGCAGAGGAGCGGACUGAUCUGGGUAGUUUGCAGCGCGGCGGCAGAAGAAAAAAAAAUUGCACUGGAUCCCACUUCUCUCCCUCCCUGCUUGUAAAAUAAACUUUGCACAAGGAGCACCUGUAACUUAAUUCAGCAAAAGCCGAGUGGCUCGUAUUAAACAGUAAUGUCCGGCAGCACUAUAGCCAGAGUGCUGGUUGCACUCUGCAUCGGGAGCGCGGUGAACUGUAUGCCCAAAGAGGCGCACAGGAGUCGGCGACAGGGGCAGCAGCAUCAGGUCUCCUCAGCCUCUCAGGAUGGUUGUCGAGAGAAUGGUCAGAUCUAUGCUAUCAAUGACCAGUGGGAACGGCCAUAUUUGGGCAGCACUCUGAUCUGUACAUGCCUUGGAGUUGCUGGCAUCAAGUGUAAAAGCAAACCAGAAGCAGAGGAAAAGUGCUUUGAUAAAAUCAAUCAGCUGUCCUACACUGUGGGAGAAACCUAUGAAAGACCAAAGGACGGCAUGAUCUGGGACUGUACCUGUAUCGGAUCAGGGAGAGGCAAGAUCAGCUGCACCAUCGCCAACCGCUGUCAUGAGGGUGGGGCUUCCUACAAGAUCGGAGACACCUGGAAGAGACCCCACGAAACAGGAGGCUACAUGUUGGAGUGUGUGUGUCUGGGUAACGGGAAGGGAGAGUGGACCUGCAAACCUGUGGCGGAGCGUUGUUAUGACAACUCAGCGGGAACUUCCUAUGUUGUCGGGGAGACAUGGGAGAAGCCCUACCAGGGAUGGAUGGUAGUGGACUGCACCUGUAUGGUAGAAGGAAGUGGACGCAUCACAUGCACCUCCAGAAAUCGCUGUAACGACCAGGAAACUCUGACAUCUUACCGUAUUGGAGAUACCUGGACCAAGACUGAUGCUCGAGGCCACUUGCUCCAGUGUCUGUGCACAGGGAACGGCCGAGGGGAGUGGAAGUGUGAGCGACAUGCUUCACUUCACACCACUGGCCUGGGCACUGGCUCUCGUGUGAUCACCAACAUCCAGCCUGUGGUUUACCAGCCUGCCACUGUGUCUGAGCUUCCCCAGGAAGGACCCUGUCGAACAGAUGCAGGACUGUCUUACUUCAAUGGCCAGCGCUGGAUGAAGAACCAGGGGUCAAAGCAAUUGAUCUGUAACUGUCUUAGCAAUGGAAUCAGCUGUGCACAGUGGGAUGGACCUGCUCCAGUCUAUGGUGGCAACUCCGGAGGUCAGCCCUGCGUGUUUCCCUUUGUCUACAAGGGCAAGACCUACCACUCCUGUAUCUCUGAUGGACACAGUGAUGGACAGCUCUGGUGCUCCACCUCCUCCGACUAUGAGACAGACCAGAAGUAUUCUUUCUGUACAGAGAAAAAUGUAAUGGUGGUGACACGAGGCGGUAAUUCAAACGGUGCUCUGUGCCAGUUCCCCUACCUCUAUAAUGGAAGAAAUUACACUGACUGUACUGCCGAUGGACGUAGGGAUGGCAUGAAGUGGUGUGGCACAACGACAGACUAUGAUGCAGAACAUCGCUUUGGCUUCUGUCCUAUGGCUGCCCAUGAAGAAGUGUGUACGACCAAUGAAGGUGUGAUGUACCACAUUGGAGACCAGUGGGACAAACGGCACGAAGUUCUGAGUCACAUGAUGCGUUGUACCUGCGUCGGCAAUGGCAGAGGAGAAUGGAGUUGUGUUGCUUACUCCCAGCUUAAAGACCAGUGUAUUGUUGAUGGUCUGACCUUUGAGGUGAACCAAACCUUCACCAAACAACACGAGGAGGGCUACACCAUGAACUGCACCUGCUUUGGACAGGGACGUGGGCGCUGGAAGUGUGAUGCCAUCGAUCAGUGCCAGGAGCCAGAGACGAAAGCUUUCUAUAAGAUCGGAGAUUCUUGGGAUAAAGUCAUCCAAGGAAUCCUGUACAAGUGCUUCUGCUAUGGCAAUGGCAUCGGAGAGCUCAGCUGCGAACCCCAGCAGUCCUUCCCCAGUGGUACUCGUCCUGUCCAGGUGAUCAUUACUGAGUCUGGCAACCAACCCAACUCCCACCCUAUUCAAUGGAACGCCCCACAGUCUGCUCACAUCACCCAGUACAUCCUCAAGUGGAAAGUGAAAAGCACUCAUAACCCAUGGAGGGAGGUGCUGAUCCCUGGCCACCUGAACUCCUACACCAUCUCCGGGCUGAAGCCGGGCAUCACCUACGAGGGUCAGCUGAUCAGUGUGCUGCGGUUUGGACACCGAGAAAUCACCCGCUUUGACUUCACCACCAAUUACGGAUCAUUGGCGACAUCAGAAGGCGAGACCACCUCGCAUCCGGCUGAGGUUGACACCUCAGAGUCGGUGACUGAAAUUACCUCCAACAGCUUUGUUGUCUCCUGGGUUUCCGCCUCGGACACGGUGUCUGGUUUUAGAGUGGAGUAUGAGCUCAGUGAGGAGGGACAGGCGACUGGGGAACCCCUGGUGCUAGACCUGCCCCACACAGCUACCUCAGUGAACAUUAAUGAGCUUCUGCCUGGGAGGAAGUACACUGUUAACGUCUAUGAGGUUACGGGAACCGGAGAGGACAACCUCAUUCUCACUACUACACAAACCACAGCACCUGAUGCUCCUGUGGAUCAUGAAGUGGAUGAGGUGGGAGAGACUUCAAUCGUGAUCAGCUGGGAAAAACCAGUGGCUCCCAUCACUGGCUAUCGUGUGGUCUACACACCUUCACUAGAAGGUGAAAGCACGGAGCUGACUCUUCCUGACACGGCAACAUCUGUGACGCUGAGUGACCUCCGACCUGGGAAGCUGUACAACAUCAGUAUCUACUCUGUGGAGGACAGCCUGGAGAGCGAGCCUAUCUUUGUACAGGUCAACACCGCUGGAGAUCCACUGCCUGAGGUUCCUUCUCCAACAGACCUGCAGUUCUUUGAGGUGGCGGACAACAAAAUAGUUCUGACCUGGACUGGCCCAGCCAGCGCCAUCUCUGGUUACCGGGUUACUGCUUUACCUGUGGAGGAGGGGCAUGAUUCGAUUUCGAUGCUGAUAUCUCUUCCUGUCACACAAAACACCUACAUGGAAGUUACUAACCUAGUUCCAGGAACACUGCACCGCUUCAGUGUCUACACCAUUCACGACGGACAGGAGAGUCUACCACUUAUUGGGGAGCAAACCACUAAGCCUGACGCUCCGAACGGUAUCCGUUUCAUUAACGUGACUGAGGAAAGUGCUGUGAUGAUGUGGUCUGUCCCUGGAGCCAGAAUCACUGGCUACCGUCUCUUCCUCACUGUCGAGGGGUCCAACCCCAAGCAGCUGCGCUUGCCCGCCCGCCUCUCUCAGUACACUCUCCUGAACCUGAAGCCUGAUACCCAGUACACUGCUACACUACAUUCAGAGCAGGAGAACACACUGAGUAAAGGAGAGAGCGCUGUGUUUACCACAAAUUCUGCAAUGGACAACGCUCCUGAUUUCAGCACUGAUGUUACUGACACCUCCAUUGUAAUCUCCUGGACUCCAGUUCCCCGCAUUGAAUACAAGCUGACAGUACGUCCCAGUCAGGGUGGAGAAGCCCCCAGAGAUGUGACCUCUGACUCUGGAAGUAUUUAUGUUUCGGGUCUGACUCCAGGGGUGGAGUACACCUACAGCGUCCAGCCAGUUAUUAACGGUCAUGAGCAGGGAACCCCGAUCACCCGCCGCGUUGUAACGCCUCUGUCUCCUCCUACUGACCUGAACCUGGAGUCUAACCCAGGCACCGGAGAGCUCACAGUCCAAUGGAACGGGGCCAGUACCCCAGGUACACAUACCCCUACAUACCAAGACAUCACCGGCUACAGAGUGAUGUGCACUCCCACCAAUGGGCAGCAGGGAAACAGCUUGGAGGAGUUUGUGGAGGCAGGUCAGAACUCCUGCACCCUGGAGAAUCUCAGUCCAGGUGUGGAAUACAACAUCAGUGUGGUCACUGUUAAGGACGAUAUGGAGAGUGUUCCAAUUUCCACUACCAUUACACCAGAAGUCCCACAGCUGACAGACCUCACGUUUAAGGACGUGAGCGACACCACCAUUAGCCUCCUCUGGUCGCCGCUCAACACCACAGCCAUCACCGGUUACAAGAUCGUGGUGGUGGCAGCCGGCGAGAGCGUGCCCAUCUUCGAAGACUUCGUUCUGCCGACAAGUGGUCAAUAUACUGUCUACGGACUGGAGCCUGGCAUCGACUACGACAUCAGUGUGAUAACUGUGACGGAGAAUGGCGAAAGUGAACCCAUCGUGAUCACUCAGCACACCGCUGUACCAGCACCCACUAACUUGGGCUUUGGCCAGGUUGGGCCUGACAGCAUCGAAGUCAACUGGGUUGCUCCCUAUUUUCCCAACUCCGCUCAAAUCAACAACUUCCUCAUCAGGUAUCAUCCCAUUGACGAUGAAGAUGACAUCACAGAGACCAGCGCAGAAGGCAAAAGUAACAGUGUGGUGCUAAGGAACUUGCUGCCAAACACAGAGUAUCUGGUGAGCGUGGUGUACGUGUAUGAGGAGAGAGAGAGCUCGCCCCUCGUCGGAACAAAGAAAACAGUUCUGGAUUCACCGGUCGGCCUGCGUUUCACUGAGGUCUUCACCAACUCCUUCACCAUCAACUGGCUCGCUCCCCAGAGCAAAAUCACCGGGUACCGUAUCCGUCACCAGAUGGUCAGCGGAGGGAGGUUCAAGGACGAGAGGCUGCCCCCAUCCAGGAACCACUUCACCCUGACGGGACUCACCCCUGACACAGAGUACUUGGUUGACAUCUACGCUGUGAGCGGGUCCCAAGAGAGCCUGCCACUCCAUGGGACACAGAAGACAAUCUCUGAUGCUCCCACAGACCUGGAAGUGCUCGACUCCUCCCCCACCAGCAUCACUGUCCGCUGGGACGCCCCCCCUGUCACUGUGCGCUAUUACAGGAUCACUCAUGGAGAGUCUGGAGGUCACAGUAAUCCUAAGGAAUUCACCGUCCCCGGCUCCCAGUCCACUGCCACCAUCAGCAACCUGAAGCCCGGUACUGACUACACCGUCACCGUCUACGCAGUGACUGGGAGAGGAGACAGUCCCGCAUCCAGCACUCCAAUCUACGUCAUGCACAAGACAGGUGUCGACUCUCCCUCUGAAAUGGAGGUGAUGGAUGUGAAGGACAACAGUGUCACAGUGAGGUGGAGCCCUGCUCAGGGCCCCAUCAAGGGAUACAGGGUGACUGGGGUCCCCAGUAAUGGACAGGGACCAUCUUUCACUGAGGUGGUGGCUCCAGACCAGACAGAGAUUACUUUCUCAGGACUGAUGCCCACCGUAAAGUACGUUUUGAGUGUGUAUGCUCUUGGACAAGAUGGAGAGAGCUCUCCAGUGGUGGUGAAUGCUUUAACAAAUGUAGACCACCCUAAGGACCUCACCUUCUCCGACAUCGACUCCACCUCACUGCGGAUCACCUGGGACAGCCCAGAGGGAAUCGUCACAUCAUACCGGGUCUUCUAUUCCAGUGCAGAGGAGGGUGAGAGAGAGCUGCGCCCUGCUCCCCAUGAAGAUGCCGAGUCUGCUAUCAUCUACGGUCUGUCCCCUGGCACUGAAUACACUGUGAAGGUCGUCGCUGUGCAUGAUGACACAAACAGCACACCACUGGUCGGCACACAAGCUACAGCCAUCUCACCCCCCACCAACCUCCAGUUCUCUUCCAUUAGCCCCACCUCUUUCACUAUGACCUGGUCUCAGCCUAGUCAGGAAAACAGACUCACUGGCCUGACAGGCCUCACAGGCUACCGGGUUGUGGUGAACCCCAAAAACAAGAGCGGCCCCACCAAGGAGCUGAACUUGGCCCCGGAUGCCACACAGGCACACAUCUCUGGACUUAUGGUUGGAACUACCUAUGAAAUCAAUGUUUAUGCCUUGAAAAACUCUCUGACCAGCAGACCAGUCCAGGGAGAGGUCACUACCCUAGAGAAUAUCAGCCCCCCUCGUCGUGUGCGUAUCUCCGACGUCAACGACUCUUCCAUCACGCUGACCUGGCGCGCCAAGACAGAACCCAUCUCUGGUUUCCUGGUUGAGACCACUCCUACUUCCUCUUCAGGCUACACACCCAUUACAAGGACCAUUGGCCCUGAGUCACGCUCAUUUGUUAUCACAGGUCUGGAGCCAGGCACCAAUUACAAGAUUAACAUCUAUACACUGAAAGGGAAUGGACGCAGCACUCCUCUCACCCUCACUGCCACUACAGCCAAACCAGUGGUCAUCCCGCCCACCAGCAUCCGCUUCACCUCCCUGAACCCCGACAGCAUCUCCUUCAGCUGGGAGCCAUCACGCAGCCCAGGGGUCACCGGAUAUUACGUCACCUAUGAAGAGGCCGGGGGUCUGCCUCGAGAGGUUACCCCCAGACCGCACGCAGGCCAGAGCUACGCCAUCAUCAAUGAUCUGAAACCAGGAACAGAGUAUGUCAUUAAGAUUGUGGCUCUGCAGAAUGCUCUGAGAAGCACAUCUCUCGUGGGAAAAGCCCGAACACAGCCAGCUCCAGAUCACCAUCUACUGGUCCCUGAGCUGCCACUGCUGCCUGUUCCUCACAGACCCACUGCUGAUAUCCUGGAUGUUCCAGAAUCCUUCAACGACAAGAUAUUUGACACCAACCAGGUUCACUUGUCCGGUACUGGUGGACAGAACCAACCAGGCCAGCAGGGCCAGCACGUCUACACCGAGUACCAGAACCUGGGCCCUAACAACGGACUCCAUGGCCCCUUCAGUGGUCCCAGAGAAGGCCAGAGACCAACUCUCAGAGAGCCUCUUAUCUAUAUUCCUGUAGCAGGCCCCGAUGGAAACAGAGUUCCCUUGGUCAAGGUGAGUGAUGGUCCCCUGCGAGGUCUUGCGUUCGGUUUCCCUGACAAUGAAACAGAGAUACCCCAAGAAGCACAGACCAUCACAACUAUCUCCUGGUCUGGCAUUCCUCACACUUCAGAGUACGAGGUGUCUUGUAAUCCUAUCACACACACGGAGGAAGGAGGCUUCCAGAUGCGUCUUCCUGGCACCUCCAACAGCGCCACCCUGAUCGGAUUGACAUCUGGAGCAUCCUAUAAUGUUGUAGUAGAUGCCAUGAGGGGCGGGGCUAAGGAGAAGGUUUUGGAGGAAGUCAUUACUGUUGGCAAUGCUGUUCCAGGGGACAUCCCCAUCACCACCAACCAGGACGCGUGUUACGACACGUUCACACAGACCUACCACAAGUUGGACUCAGAGUGGGAGCGCAUGUCUGAGACGGGCUUCAAGCUGUGGUGCCGCUGCAUUGGGCUGGGCAGCGGCCACUUUAGGUGUGAUUCAUCCAAGUGGUGUCACGACAACAAUAACAACUACCGCAUCGGCGAAAAGUGGGACCGCCAGGCUGAGAACGGUCACAUGAUGAGCUGCACCUGUCUGGGCAAUGGCAAGGGAGAAUUCAAAUGUGAACCCCAUGAGUCGACAUGUUAUGACGAUGGGAAAAUGUACCAGGUUGGAAACCAGUGGCAGAAGGAAUACCAGGACGCCAUCUGUACCUGCACCUGCUACGGAGGACAACAGGGCUGGCGCUGUGAGAAUUGCAGAAGGCCGGGAACACACACUGAUGUGGACGCUGGCCUCCUUCAACCUAUUCAUACUGAUGUUUUCGACCGGUACAGAGAAAACGCUCUACGCAAACUGAACAUCCAUUGCCCGAUUGAAUGUUUGAGGCCAGAGCUGUACGCGGACGCUAACUCCCCCUCAGAUUAGAGAAGAAGGGAGCAUGAAUAAAGGAGGAUGAGGAAGUGAGACUCCCUUACAUCGUCACUACCACUUCAAGAAGGAGGCCUCCACCUGCUUUCAUCAGAAGAAGACAUUUCCAUCUGAUCUGUGCCUUAAAGGUUUCCCCCUUACCAAAUUUAAGGGCCUUUUUUAAAAGACUUCCCUACACCACCCUCUGUGCCUUUUCAAAGAUCUGUCCAACUUUUCAUGUUGGUUUUUAACUUCUUCAGCAGAAUCAAGAAUUUCUCUAUCUAAAUUGUUUUUUCCCUCACUUUGCUAGAGCACAAAACCUGCUUUAUAACCCCAAACCUACCUACCCUAUCCCCAUUAGCUAUUGAGACACUCCAUAUAUCAGAUGCAGUAUUGUUGUGUAUUUUUAUUGUUGCCUCUGGACAUUCUUUUAUUAUUUCCAAACAUUCCGUGAUAUUAAUUUCCCUUUUAUUAAGCGAAAACACACCACAUACAAUGUGCCUGGUUUUAUGGAAUUAUUAUCUCCGGUAAUAACUGAAGCAACACUUGUUGCAUUACCCAUGCAUGUGAGUCUCACUAUGACUAAUGUAUGUUCAGGAAAUGUUAAGGUAUUUGUUAAAAUGCAUUUCCAAAUCAGCCAUGUGGAUUUAUUGCAAAGGACUGCCAAAGCCAUACAUUGAUUCCCAUUCAGUUCUUCUUAUAAAACAAAAAAUUCAAAACAACAAACCUUAGAUAAGCACUGUUACUUUUGAGUGAGUCUUAGAAAAAAAAUGUUUGCCUUGCCAUUAUUACACCACAGGGAGGUCACACCAUGUAUAUGUGAUUAUGUGAUUCAUAAUGUGGGUAUUUUGAUAGUACAUAAGGUGUAGCACCCAUAAAAUCAAUUAAGCAAAAGCUGACUGACCAAAAGUGAAACUCUAAUUUCAAAAACAAUAUUGUAAAAUUCAGCAUUAUUUCCUUGUGAAAUGGAUUUUAGUUGGAUACAUGUUUGUAUUUCUUGUUUAUUUUUAAUUCAUUCUUUUAUUUAUCCCUUUUAUUCAGGCAUUUUGUUCGAUGCUUUUUUAGGGUGUACACUUUAUUUUUGUUUAACUUGUUUUUAUAUUGUUGGUGCCAAAAUCUGAACUACUGUGGACUGAAUCUUUUUAAUAAACUGAAAAAACCCAAA